AUAUUUGAUUUGUAAGUUGUAACAAACCCAUCACGCGGAACACGCGCGAUGGAUCCCCCCAAUUCCCUCUCCUGACGUGCGGUUAUUUUAUCAGAUUUGCUCUAUUUAUAGCACAGCUCAGUGCAGCUGUUCGGAGAAAAGCAACAAGUCUGGUGCCAUGGCGGGUGGUGGAGAAGGCGACGCCGGCAGCGGCAGCGGCGCUGUUCACGUCGUCAUGUUCCCCUGGCUCGCUUUCGGCCACAUAAGCCCGUUCGCGCAGAUGGCGCGCAGGCUGGUCUCCGGCGAGGCCGCCGGGGUCCGCGUCACGUUCCUCACGGCCGCCGGGAUCGCGCCGCGCGUCGAAGCCAUGCUGGCUUCCGCCGCCGGCGCGGUGAGGGUCCUGCCCCUGAGCCUGCCGCAGGUCCCUGGCCUGCCCGCGGGCGCCGCGAGCACCGCGGACGUCUCGGCCGACGGCGCGGAGCUGCUCAAGCUCUCCCUCGACGGCACCCGCCCCGAGGUGCGCGCGCGGCUCGCCGAGCUCCGCCCGGACGCCGUGCUGGUCGACUUCACCACCCCGUGGGUCCGCGACGUCGCCGAGCCGCUCGGCGCCAAGGUGCUCUACUUCAACGUCUUCUCCGCCGCCGCCUUCGCUUACGUUAAUGUCCCUGCCCGCCUCGCCGGCGGGAAGCGGCCGUCGUCCGCCCGCGACCUCACGGUGGCGCCCGCCGGGUUUCCAGCGGCCUCGGCGCUCGCCUCCAUGCCGCCCCACCAGGGAGCGGACCUGGUGUACGUGUACACCAGCUUCCACGGCAUGCCGUGCGCGUCCGACCGCGCGGUUGCCGGCGUCAGGGUCAGCGCCGGCCUCGUCAUGAAGACCUGCCGGGAGAUGGAGGGCCCCUACAUCGACUACAUCUCCUCCCAGUACGGCGGCAAGCCCGUGCUCCUCGCCGGACCCGUCGUGCCGGAGCCGCCGCAAGGCGAGCUCGAGGAGCGGUGGGCCGGCUGGCUCUCCUCCUUCCCGGACGACGCCGUCAUCUUCGCGUCGUUCGGGAGCGAGACGUUCCUGCCCGCCGCCGCCGCGACGGAGCUCCUGCUCGGGCUCGAGGCCACCGGCCGCCCGUUCCUCGUCGUGCUCAAUUUCCCCAAGGGCGGCACGGGCGCGGCGGCGGAGGCCAAGGCGCGCACCCCGCCGGGCUUCGAGGAGCGGGUGAGGGGGAGAGGGCUGGUGCACACGGGCUGGGUGCAGCAGCAGCACAUCCUGCGCCACCGGAGCGUCGGCUGCUUCGUGAACCACGCCGGGUUCAGCUCCGUCGUGGAGGGGCUCGUCGCCGGCUGCCGCCUGGUGCUGCUGCCGAUGAAGACCGACCAGUACUUCAACGCUGCGCUGUUCGCGCGCGAGCUCCGCGUCGGGGUGGAGGUGGCGCGGCGGGACGAGGACGGGUGGUUCGGCCGCGGGGACGUGGCGGACGCUGUCGCCGCUGCGGUGGCCACAGGAGGGGAUGGAGAUGCGGGCAGGUGGAGGGAGUUCUUCACUUGCGACGCCGUGCAGAAUAAGUUCGCGGCUGACUUCGUCAGGGAGCUCAAGGAGGUCGUGAGGGCGUAACAGCAAGCAGAUACCCUAGGAAAACUAGGGGCUUAACAGCAGAUACUCCUUGGCCGCGGUGUUCACUGGCAUUAGCUACACCUACGCGUGGUCCUGCACACAGGCACAGGAAGGCGAGGGCACACAGGCACAACAGAUGGAUGAGGUGAAAACAUAAUUGGUUUUAGUAAAAAAAAA